AUGGAGCCAUCGCUGCUGUGCACUGAGAAAGAGGAAGAGCCGGAGGGGUUUGAUACAGUUACACUUCCAGGACAACCUGAGGACUUGGUUAUAGCUGACCCUGGAGAAUUGAACAUUAAUGCUCCUGAAAAUUCAACAAGUGGAAGUGGGCAGUGCCAGCUGAAUUUGUUGGCAGUUUGCCGGCCUCUUCCUGAGACGACGAGUGGUUGUUACUCUUCAUUUGAUGGAGAGCCCACACAAACUCAAGGAUUUAUUUCUGGUGGAGGACAGUACCAUCCUGUAAAUACAGAGCUGGAGGGACAUUUCCCUUCAACAGCUCCUCCUCCACGUCGCUCUGCUCGCUGUGCAGCCUCAUGUCGAGUCUCCACAUUUGUAUAUGACGCUGGUGGAGAUCGACAGAAGGGUAAGUGCCCACCAGAAAAUCCUGAGGAGCCUGUAGCACCUUGCAGGAAGAAGAGUCGGACUCUUUACAGCAUUGGUGAGCAUGGGACACUGCCUCAUAGCCACAUUUCUUUUCAUUUCUAUUACACUCUUUGCAUGCGUCUCUUUACUGUCAAUGUUUAUGCCCUUUCCGCACUCAUUUAAUCCUAUCUUUUUUUUUGUGCUUUGUGGACGAGGUCUUAAUUAUAAAUCACAGUAAUAACUACUGACCUGUUUCUCGAGGUAAAGUUUUUAUUCUGCUUCUGAUUAUUUUCUGGUUUCCCUGAUUUCAAACAAUUUGUGCUGGUAAUAUACGUAAACACUGUCUCCAUGUGCCGGCCUGUCCUGCAGAUCAGUUGCAUGAGCUGGAGCGUCUGUUUGAAGAAGACCAUUAUCCGGACAAUGAGAAGAGGAGAGAGAUUGCGAAUAUAAUUGGUGUUACUCCACAGAGGAUAAUGGUGACUUUCUGACUUGUUUUUGUGCAUUUUCAUUCAUCACUUGUGUUUUUUUUUCCAAGGAUUCACCUUAGCAAACCCUUGUUCACUCCCGAAAUGAUAAUUGUGAUCAAAUCCAAUAAUUGCUAAGUAGAGUAUUUAGGAAUGUAAAUGGACAUAGAUCUCCUGGACUUGACAUUUGAACCUGACACGACCCAGCAGUAUCUCAGAAUCUGCCAAUUCCAUUACGAAAAUUUGCGGGGUUCAGAGUAAUUGUGUAGCAGUUAAAAGAUCCCAGAUUUGGUGGUGGGUUUCACAAAAAGCACAAGAUCUGAUUGAAAUUAUUGGGUUCCAAGUUUGGUGAGGAUCAGCAUAGCUCUGCUCUGUACAAGCAAUCAAUGCUAAGUUUUACCACCAUACUGCUAACUUUCAGACAAGUUAAAAGGUCCCACUUUUUUAUUUUUGAUUGCCAUUCAUUUUUAUUCUACACAAGGACAAAAUUCCUUUACAUUUUUUUGUAUAUGUGAUGGCUCCUCCUGAACCACUGAGAUUUUCUUCUAGGUCUGGUUCCAAAACCGUCGAGCCAAAUGGCGUAAAGUGGAAAAGACCUGCCUGAAGGUUGAAAUGAAGCCUAUAUCCUCUUCUUCAGGGAUGUCUCAGCGUGAACUCUCCCAUCCGGAGACAGUCGCCCUCGGUGUCACCGCUGCACAUGCUACGUAUGCAGCCAUCCCACCAAUGCGGAAUGGGUAAGAAAAAAAGUGAAAGUGAUAGCCCAAGAAAACUUCUUCCUAACUCCGAUUUUGGAUUAUUCAUUGUUCGAAUGUAACAGAAAAGGUUGUAAUGAAGUACCAUGUGCUGUAAUCUGUUCAAAGAUUUGUGUUUGUAGAUUCCUGAUUUACCAAACACUCAGAAAUCUCAGGUUCCUUGAAAUGCUCUUUUAUAUGUAGUCCCUUUUUUAAUGUUAUUGUGACUGUUCUAGAACUUUGGGAUCACCCUAAAUUGAUUUGUUUAUUGUUCUGUCCAUGUUGUUGUUUAUUAUCGCCUCAUCUUCAGCAGUCUUUCUCUCGUUGCUGGGUCUCAGGCCUGUGAUGUCAUCUCACAACACAACUCCUGUGGUCUCAAUGCAUCCAAUUCAGGUCAGUGAACAGUUAUGGGAAACUAUCAAGGUAUUUCAAAUGUAAGGUCAAUACAGCCAAACUGGGACAAUUCUCUAAAUCAGUUGGCCAUUUUGGCCUUAGAAUUGGCUUUGAAUUCGCAUGAAAUUCUAAUUUUAGGGCACUUUUGUGUAUAACUUGCUUUGCAGACAUAUAUGAAAAUAAAUAUUAUCUAAAUUUACACCAUUUUUUCCCCAAACAAAAAUGUGUUCUUUCUAACAUACAGUAGAUGUGGCAAAUAUAGUUAAAUUAAAAAAGGUCAAAUUCAUUGCUUAUAGGUAUUUCUAAGGACACUGAAGGCAUUACUAGCAGUGCAGCUCACUGAAAAUGGAAACAGAAUGUAAAAAUAAUGCCCACAUACAAUAAAUUCAGUAAAGGCAUAUAAUUUUAAAAUUAAGGUAUUUAAAACUCCUUCAUCAAUAUCUGGAUCGAUAGUGUAAUGCUAACAGUGAAAUGGUAGAGUGCAUUCACCUCACCCCCUCCCUGACUGUAGGAAAGGUAUUGUCAGGGAGCCGCGGGCGGCGAGGAGGGGAGGCUGCACGCCACUUGCAGCACUCACCCUCAGUCCAUCGCCGCCCGCGGUCUCCUCUCUGCUUACCUGUCGGCGAGCGGCGUCUCCUCUGUGCCGCUUGCCGCCAGCGUCCUCCACGCCCCCCAGCGGCAGCAUGUAUAACGCUGCACGCUGGGAGGUCCAGGAGUUAAGUAAACGCCGGGGUCACGUGAGUGACCCGGUGUUAAAGAAACAGUACCACAAUCACAGUGGGGGGUAUAGAUAUCCCCACGUGUGAUUGUUAAUUCUGAUUGGAAGUUAUCCAAUCAGAAUUAAACCUAGGGUAUUUAUACUUACCUUUCCUGUCCCUCAGUGCCCUGUUGUGAUCUUGUGAUACCUGUAGCGUAGUGUUCUCGUCUUGCUCUCUGGUUACUGAUUAUUUGGCUCGUUAUUCCGAUUAUCCUGUCUUCUCCACUCCUUUGACCUCGGCUUGUUUCUCGUUCUCCCGUUUUCUGGCUCCCUUUACCUGGCUUGUCUCCUGACUAUUCUUAGCAUGCUUAGCCCAGCCACUCUAAGGUCCGGUACGGCACCUUUUCUGUGAGUGUGUGUGUGUCAGCGUGUUAGGUUCCCCGAAUCGUGACAGGUAUGACCCAUUGAAACUUCCUUUACUGUUUUGAAGCAGGGGAUAAGCUGAUAUUUUCAGCAAAGCUGCAUUACAUCAGUUGCGUGUGACAUCUGGCAUAGAAUUAUGUUUUUCUACAGGCUUGUAAUCAUAACUAGGGGAUAAGUGAGGGGAGUGAGGCUUUAUGGACUAAAUUUAAUUUUGCAAAAUACAAUGAAAGUAAAAACAUUUAUACUCUAUUUGGCAGUAAAGUCACUUCAUUUACUCCUAUUUAUUUUAAAUCUCAUACAAACCCUUCUUUUUGGUUUUACACAGUUUGUGCCCUUGGUAUUCUGUAUAGACGUUAUCAAAUCCAUGUCCCCAUAUUUGGUUCAAGUAGAAUCCCAGAAGCACUCUGAGCCUCUGGCUUUAAGUGGACAUCAUCCCAUCUUAUCUUUCCUGGUGUAAAAAUACAGAAAAUGGGUUGUUUUCCCAAAAAUCUGAUUACACCCUGGGGAAAGCUGUGUGAAUCACCUGCACAGGCUGUCUGAUAGCCACCUGCUGUUCCUCAAUGCAUUCUUUUUGGGCAGCGAAUAUAUAUAUAUAUAAAAGACAGGCCUGCCUACUGGGAUAUCAUAGGUUGUUGGCACCAGGGGUGGAGUUAGAAGGACCCCCCCUUCCCCAAUGCAGCCUUGAGCAUGAGUUCAUUGAGGUAAGUGGCUAUUUGUUCUAUGAAUGUAACCCACAGUGUCCUGCCUCCGUCCCCUUUCCUCUGUGCCUGUUUCAGGCUGUAGCCAUUUUACUCUGCUGCCAUUAUUGGUGCCCAAACACUGCCAUCGUCUCCCUGGCUCACUCUAGCACCCCUCCCCGCCCCCGUUUGGUCAUACUAUGUGGAGAUCUUGUGAAGGAACACUAUAGCGUUAGGAAUAUAAACCUGUAUUCCUAAUGCUAUUGUGUCUCUGUCUCUAGUUUUCUAGGUCCCCCACCACCCAUUAUAACUUACCUCUUUCCAGCGCCAAGGUCUCUGCCUACCACAACGUUGCAUGCACAGCAAAGACUGUUACUAGAGGUACAUUUUAACCCUGCAAUAUAAAUAUUGCAAUUUCUCAGAAAAUGCUGUUUUUUGUUUUUUUUUCAUUGCAUGGUUAGGCAGACAGUGCCACUACACCCAGAACACUUCAUUAAGAUGAAGUAGUCUGCCUAUAGUGUCCCUUUAACCAUCGAGUGCCUGCCUUGAUAUGGUUAAAAAGUGCCCUCUUUAGCUGUAUGAAUCAGUCUGUUAAUGGCAAUUCUUCUAAUGUGAAAACCGCUCUGUUGUUAUUAUUAUUAUUGCCAUUUAUAUGGCUCCAACAGAUUCCUGGGCCUUUUUCACUAUUAUAAGAGGGGGGGAUUUAACUACAAAUAGGACAAUUACAAGAAAACAUAAAGGAACGAUAGGUUAAAAAGGGACCCUGCUCAAACAAGCUUACAGUCUAUAGGAGGUGGGGUGUAACACACAAUAGGACAGGGAAUAGCAGUCAAAAUAGGUGGGAGUCAAGCAGAGCUGGAGGAGAGAGUAGAGUGCUGCCCUUUAGGAGAGAGCAAGAGACAGGUAUGUAAGGUAGAGGUUAGUCUGGGAGGCCAUAAGCUUUCCUAAAAAGAUGGGUUGUAAGGCAAUUGUUGCAGCUUGCAGUCGUUAUCGCCUUUAGAUACAUGCUUAUAUUGUGGGUGUUAUUUGAUGCCUCUUCUGUUUUUGAUUUUUCUUUUAAGCGGAGUACAAUAGCUAGUAUUAGUUCGAUUUGUCUUACAAUUGUGAAUCUCAGUCCUUUUUCUCCAUGAAACUGUAGAUUGCACGAUUAGGUUUGAAAUUACUGAAUAUUACAAAAAGUUUGAAAAUGAAAAAUAUUGAAACCAAUAUUUUAACAAUGUGUCGCUUUAUAUCAGCGGAAUGAAGCUAUACUAACUUUGGAUAAGAGGCCAUUAACGGAGAAUUUUUAAAGGGACACCAUAGGCACUGUAUCUGCUUCAUCUCAUUAAACUGGUUAUAGUGUCUGGAGUCCCCUGGUACCAUCAUUUCUUUCAGCAUUAAACAGUUUUUAAUGUUUUUAUGUUUUAAUGCUAAACAAGAGUCCCCGGCAGUCCAUCCCAUCUGUGCAGCUUUGGCUAAUAAGGAAGUAUUAGCCUGAGCAGCAAUGGGCAGCUGUGAUUGGCUGAGAGUGUCAGGUGACUGCUUUCAGCCUGUCAGAGCUCCAACUGACGGUAUGAAUGGGUAUGACAACAAAUGUGUAAUCUCUGCCUUAGCUACACAUACAGAAGGGGCUGUACUGUAGGUGGCCAGGGACUCUUAUGUUGUGGCAUACUGCAUGAACAUGGUGCAACACUGAGUGGAGGGACAGUGCCAGGGCACUCCAGGCACUAUAACCAAUUCAAAGAGAUGAAAUGGUUAUAGUGACUACAGUGUCCCUUUAAAAUCCGGAUUGGGUUCAGCAGCUUCUAACUAUUGGAUUUAGAAUGUGAUAAAGUAUUUUACAAUCAUAAAUAAGGAUAAAUUGCCACAAUUUCAGUAAUGUGUUUUAAUGUGAUUACCGUCUUAUUUCUCUGUUCUCAGGAUUGGGUUCCUCUGGGGAAAUGUGCCUCCCUCCAUCCCAUGAAUAUCCCCCCACAUUUUCCAGCCCCCCACCUCUGCGCCGCGUCGGUCUGCCAAUGUCCAUGACCUUUAACCCUGGCACUUAUAUGGUCCCAUUGAUGCUGGAUACACCAGAGAGUACUUGCACACCUUCAUCCUCUGAUGGAGACGUGUUUACCUAUCAGGAGUAA